AUGGAGCUCAUAAACCCUUUAUUUCUUUUUUCCUUCAUUCUCUUCAUGACACCAACAUCACACUCCAUUUGCGUGGCUCGCCUCCACAACUCCACCACCGCUUCUCCGCCCCCGCCGCCGCGAAAAACAACCCCAACCGUCUCAUCAGCACCAUCAACAUCCUCGGAAACGACGUCGUUUCACGCCACGCCGGGAAACCCACAAGUCGACGUCCACGGCGACGGCCUCUUCUCCCGAUCAACCAUCCCGGUCAACCCGAGGCUGAAGCGCCUCUGCUUCCAGACCGACUACCCUUCCCUCUGCCUCUCCUCCCUCUCCCCCUUCCUCGCCGGCAAGUCCUUCUCAAUCACCUCGGCCCUGGCCGCCGCCAUAAAGGCGGCGUCCCAGCACGCUAAGCAAGCAGCCGCAACCGCCGCAAAGCUCGCAGCGUCCCGCGAGGCGAACGAGGAUGACAAAGAGGCGAUCGGGACGUGUAAGGACAGCUACGAGGACGCGCUAGACAACCUGCAGCAGGCGGCGGAGGCGGUGCCGUCGCAGGAUAUAGGGACGGUGAACAGCAUGCUCAGCGCCGUCGUCACGGACUCCGAGAAUUGCGGAGACGCGACGGAAGGGACGGAGGCUGGCACGAAGUUGUCAAAGUAUGAUGAUAAGCUUAGGAAGUUGGCCAGCAAUGGCCUUGCCAUUGCCUCGCUCAUAAACUGA